AUGUCGGGGACCCCGUCGGACUCUGGCGAGGCGCUCGUGAUGACCGACUCCCCGCCCGCCGACCACUUCGCCCGACUGGAGCAGCGGGCCCGCGCCGCCCUCGAGGAUCUCGCCGCCAACGCCCACCGCGACGACGCCAACACCGCCGAGUACGUCCGCACCCUCCGCGAAUACCGACAGGCCUGCCAGGAACGCGCCCAGUACGUCGAGGCGGAUCUCGUCCAGCAGGUGCUGCGACACUUACGGCUAGAUGAAGAGACACGGCACGUGCGGGGACUCACAGAACAGCAGCAACAGGAGCGGGAUGCCCUUGAGGACGCCCAUCGAGAGGAGUUUCAGGCUUUCCAUCGUGUAUGGAACCAACGCAUUGAUGCAUUUGAGGAGCAGCAGUUGGAUAUGGAAUCAGCACUACUCGAGCGACAGAAUGCGGAGCUGCAGGCAUUCUAUCAAGAGAUGAAUGAUCUCUCACCACGUACCGCAAAGUGCAGUCGUGGACUCCUGGAUGCCCGCGCAGUGGAACAUAUCCUCGCCGAGCAACGUGAGUACGCACGCGCCUACCGUACAAAACAACAGGCGGACCGACUUGAGGCAAGAGAUGCGGAACGUUUCAUGCAGGCAAAGGUGGAACUAUUUGAACGUCGAGAGGCACUGUUACGACAGAAACACCUGCAAGAACGUCAAGUAUUAGAUACUAAAAUUGAGCGACGCCGAUUAGAGCUAGAACGGGCGCGAAAAAGAGAGCUUGACGUGCUUCUGCAGCGUUAUGUCAAUGUAAGACGGGAACUCGAACUGCAGCAGAAUAUUAUACGGAGCAAGACAGGUACAAUUCUUCUUAAGCAUGCGAGUAACACCAAAAGCGAUGCAAGUGGAAGUGCAGCAUUAGUAGAGAGUGCGAGCUCUGGGGCGUUUGGCUUAACUGUCAAACGCCGACACAAUGAUGAUGCAAACCAGAGUAACAAUAACCCUUCUCCUGAAUCGAAAGAGUGUAUUGAAGGAGAAAAGAAAUAA